AUGCCCUCCUCCACCCGUUCUCGCUCACGUACUCAAACCUCCACUGGCCCAUCUCUUGGACAUCAUACCAGAAGGACCUCCCACUUGGGUCGCAGAGUAUCCUUUGAAAGUGCAAACUCAAAUUCAACCUCUGAUCGAAAACGCAAAAAAAAUGUCAGGUCUUUGGUCUUGAAUACUCGGAAAAGAAGGUGUCUAGACGUACAAGAUGAUCCUCCAUCAUCUGAUGGAGAAUAUCGACUGGAAGACAACGAAAACUCACAAUCCGACCAGUUAAAUGAUGCGUCAGGCGACUCUGACUCAGACAUACAACUUCAACUUCUGCGUAAUCAACCUCCACCGACAAAUGAUGUCACCAAAGACCAAGAAAACGAAGAAACCGAAGGCAACAAAGAAGACGACCUGCUCCAACGCCUCGCCGACCAAUUCGAGCUUGCUGAGGAGCCUAGUCAUCAGCGCACUUCUAGCCGAAUUCUGAGACAACGCCUAACUCACCAUACUGACCAAAUCAAAAAUUCACAAGCCGCCACUCACCCAGAACAAGUGGUCUUACCCACUCUCCAUAACUAUAAGUUGAAACUGGACAAAUGGCCACCAGCUCGCAUAGCUGUACAGGAACGCUCACAGACGAAAAAGGCCACAUCAGUUUCUGCUGCAAUUUUGAAGGAAGCUAAGGCUAUUCGUAAAAUAUACAAACACCAGAUGGCUAUGCUUUCCAUCAUCGGGAAUGUUAGUAAAUUUACGCUUGAUAAAGCCCUGUAA